CCGGGGAGGGGGCGGGCGGGGGGGUGGUUGGGACCGUCCCCUCACAGCCGUCCCGCCCCGCCGCGCUGCGCCCAUGGUGAUUGUGCUGCAUCCCCCGCGCGCGGAGCGGGGCGAGCUGCCCGCGCCUCCCCGCCGCGCCCGCCGGGGCGCCCAGGUGUUGGUGACUUCAGUCAUUUAGGGGUUUAGUUCUGAGGAAAUAGAGACACAAGGAUUGAGUUUCUUUUGCAUAGAAAGCUACAGCUCUUCACCAGUACUCUUUUUACUUGUUCCCAUCCUUCCCUGCUCCGUAGGGGAGAACAAUUUGGGAAUUAUUUUAAACAUUCAUUUAAUCCCCCUUCCCUCCCUCAGAAAUCUGCCCUGGUCCCAGAGGCAUCCACUAGACAGUGCCUGACAGGACCAGGAGAACGUUAUCAUUGCUUGCUUGGUUUGGGAGCUUCAGUAGUACCCUUUUCUCCUUUGGGGUGUAGUGCAGGGAGGCAUCCAGAAGACUUCCGUGCCACCCUUUUUGCUUAGUGUAGAGGAUCCAGGAAAAGGGGUACCUAGCAAGACACGUGACCUCCUUAAGGGAGCCAGAACUGAAGCAGCACUUGGCACGCUGAAGGAAACACCCAUCUUUAGUGUCUUUUUCGUCUUCCACUCCUUCCUCACCAAAUUUCUGAUUCUUCAGCUUUUAAAAAUGUGUUCUUUCCAAAGAUUCUCAAACAGUUAUGUGACAGUCUUAGGAAAACUAGUUUCUGGGAGCAAACACUCUUUUCCUGCUUUACCUUGAACAUCUUGACUGCAUUGAAGAGCUGGUCUGGAGCUGUGAUUGCGAUUCCAUAGCUUCUGCCUUUUUCCAGUCUGUUGCAGUUCCAUUGGAAGGAAGCCUUGAAGGUUGCAAGACAAGUCCAAGAUGUGCAGCUCUGUUGCUCCCAGGCUGUGGUUCUUAACAGACCGCCGCAUCAGAGAAGAUUACCCUCAGCAGGAGAUCCUGAGAGCACUGAAGGCCAAGUGCUGUGAAGAGGAGCUGGAUUUCCGGGCCUUGGUGAUGGAUGAAGUGGUGCUGACCAUUGAGGAUGGAAAUCUUGGUCUCCGGGUGAAAGGGGAGCUCAUUACUGCUUACCCACAAGUGGUGGUUGUGCGUGUGCCAACACCUUGGGUCCAGAGUGACAGCGACAUCACAGUCCUUCGCCACCUAGAGAAGAUGGGCUGUCGAUUGAUGAAUCGUCCUCAAGCCAUCCUCAACUGUGUCAACAAGUUCUGGACGUUUCAAGAACUUGCUGGCCAUGGUGUGCCUCUUCCAGACACUUUUUCAUAUGGUGGUCAUGAGAAUUUUUCCAAAAUGAUUGAUGAGGCGGAAGUGCUGGAGUUCCCUAUGGUGGUGAAGAACACGCGGGGUCAUCGAGGUAAAGCUGUGUUCCUGGCACGAGACAAGCACCAUUUGGCAGACCUAAGCCAUUUGAUCCGUCAUGAUGCCCCUUACUUAUUUCAAAAAUACGUUAAGGAGUCCCAUGGGAAGGAUGUGCGCGUCAUCGUAGUGGGAGGCCGUGUGGUGGGCACCAUGCUCCGCUGCUCGACAGAUGGCAGGAUGCAGAGUAACUGCUCACUUGGUGGCGUAGGAAUGAUGUGCUCACUGAGCGAACAAGGCAAGCAGUUGGCAGUCCAAGUGUCAAACAUCCUGGGCAUGGAUGUGUGCGGCAUUGACCUGCUGAUGAAGGACGACGGCUCAUUCUACGUCUGCGAGGCCAAUGCAAAUGUAGGUUUCAUUGCCUUUGACAAGGCUUGUAAUUUAGACGUAGCUGGUAUCAUAGCAGACUAUGCCGCUUCCCUGCUGGCCCCCGGCCGCUUGACGCGGCGCAUGUCCUUGCUCUCCGUGGUGUCCACGGCCAGCGAGACUAGCGAGCCAGAGCUGGGCCCUCCAGCUGGGGCCGCUGUCGACAACAUGAGUGCUAGCUCCAGCUCUGUCGACAGCGACCCUGAGACCACGGAGAGAGAGUUGCUCACCAAGCUCCCGGGGGCUCUCUUCAACAUGAACCAGCUACUAGCCAAUGAGAUCAAGCUCCUUGUGGAGUGAUGCCACGUGUAAAUAGGUGACCAACAGAACUCUCUCUUGUAAUUUUUUUUUUUAAACCAACUUGCAAUGCUGUUUAUCAGAAACACUCAGAGGAGCGAAGAAAGGGGGGUGGGUAUAUCAGUCGAGAGAGCAAAAGUAAAAGGCACAUGUGCUGUGAUUGCUGUCCCUACUCAUUUGCAGAACAUUAAAUUGUCUUAAUUCUUCAUCAGUUUUACAGUGGAGAUGCUCAGUUCGUAACCAAGCAGCAAUUUUAUUUGGAUGCUGCUUUGGUCCCAGAUAUAUUGCAGUUCAUGUGUCUUCACAGGCAAGCAUUGAAGGUGAUUCACACUUGAAGAUUUUCAGAAAGUUGUCUGGCAGCUCUCUAGAAACUUCUGUGAAUUACUGCACCAGUUAAGUCUCUUCUACCUCUGUAAGGCUUGAUCCUGUAAAUUGCUGAGUGCCUCAAAUUCUUUAUGUGAGUUGAAGGUGUUAAACACCAAGUAUUUCAAAAUUUCUGGACACCUGCUGUUCCUACUCUUGUAGAUAGGAGCUGUAAGUUCAGGAUCCUUUUAAAGUCAUCACUUUCUGACCUUGCAGGAUACAGCCUUUCAAAUGAUGAGGCUGUGAGAAGUGUCAGUUAACUUAAUGUGAACUUUCUGUAAAAAUCUGUAAAUUGUAUCAUCUUGGUUUUAAGUGGCAGCUUUUGUGUCUAAAUUCCUUUAUAAAGCUUUUAAAGGAGGAUACUUCUGUUUUUCUCAUUUCAAAUCCUGAUUUUGGAAGGUAUAUAGGGGAACUGGUCAUAUCUAUUUGUGGGCAGAAAUGGCACGUUUUUAACUAUUUUUUGCAUGAUUGGAGGAGAUAAACAGCACUGUAAUGUUUGGUAUACAAAAUGAUGUUUAAUCUAAAAAUGUGAAAAAGAAUUACACUAGUUUAAAGCAAACGUGCAACAACUUGUAUUUGUUAGUGUUUUAGUCUUUCUGAGAGAGAUCUGCAAUGUUAAUGUUCCUUUUUCUUUAAUACAUGCUAGUCCAACACUCCCUUCUCUAUGCCUGCAUCUUUAACAGUGGCCAAAGUGAAAACACCGCAGACUGUUUGUUAAGAAAACACUGAGUUAGCCUGUACACUGGUGGGGGGGUUGUUUGUUUGUUUUUGUUUGCUUUUUUUUGGAGGGAGGAAUGUGUAAGGUGUGGAGGAGGGAAGAGCUGGUUAAAAGUGAUUAGUCAUCCGGAGGAAUUUUAGAAUAAAGCUGCAGUUCAUACAAUACUUACCAGGCUUACUUUUUCCCCACUGAACGUAAAAAACCGAUGUUGGCAUAAACCCAAAGAGUAUAACUGGGGAGAAAUAUUCACUUCUUAGCUUUGGAAAACGUGGCAGAUUUGAAAAAGGCAAAAAAAAAAAAAAAAAAAAAAAGAAAAGAAAAAAAAAGAGCUCAGCCAGAGUUUAAAAAAAGAAAAAAAAAGAAAACAACCCAGGUCCACAAACAAUUAAGGGAUUGAUCCUAGACCCUUACAUGUGUGUGGUGUGAGUGUGCACACUUGUGUGUGUUUGUGUGUGCACAAUUGUUUUGCUUUAUUUUUUUGAGGGUGUUGGCUGUUUAGCUCCUAACUUUUUUCCAGACUUCCUGAUUUUCCUUAAUCCUUCUGGCUGUGCAUUUUGUCAUUAGCCUUGAGCUGGUUUGGAAAACAGAUAACCAAAACAGAUACUGAGUCCAUUUUUCAGUCCCUGUCUUCCUCCUCCUUUUCCUCCUCCUUCUCCCUUUUCAUUCCCUCUUAUUCUUGGGAUUCAUAAAGCCCUGGAACUAUAUAUAUAUAUAUAUAAAUAUAUAUAUAAAGAUAAGCCUCUUUUUUAAAAACAAAGUAAAACGUUUACAAUUGAAAAAUCAUCUUGUGAAACUAGGUUUGUUUGAGGGGGGUUGUGUGUGUGCAAUGCUGCUGUUUUCUGGAUACUUUAAUGGAGCAUGUCUCAUGUACCCUCUGAGGUUCUGCACUGCCCACCUCUGUGGCCCUUCCUCACCUCUCUGCUGCUCUGCUGUUUUACCUUCACUUGGACCUUAAACACAACUCACGGACACUAUGCAGAGAGUCUUCAAGAGGCAAUAAACAGAACAAUAUUAACCUACUUUAUGGAGGUUUGAUCAUGCUUCUUUGUACAGUUUGUUUUUUUUUAUUUUAAAAGGAAUGUAAUAAAAUGGCUUUUUUUUGUAGAAUUAAAUAUUAUUAUUAAAAUCAAGUGAAAGGUUGACUGUUGGUGUUAAGCAGGAGGGUGGACCAGCUGGUCCAGCAAAAAAACGAUCUUCAGCAGUAAAGGUAUUUUAAGGGUAUUUUCUUCUUACUGAGCCUUCAAGUGCACAGGUUAUACCUGAAGAAUAUAAAGGUCUUCAGCUUCUGUGAAGAGUUACAGAAUGACAGAACAUGAAAGUAACCUAAUUAUCUAGUCACUGAGCAGUAAACUGUCUCUUCCAAGAGCUCUACUUCCCUUGCUUGUUUAUCCAAGGGGAAUUUGGGGUGGAGGGUGGCUCUUUUUUUGUUGUUGUUGUUUUUCCUUUUUUUGUCUCUUCCUUUUUACUGGUAGGUGCCUGCAUUCUGUGACAGGCUGAUAGGAUCAAUCCUUCCCUUUCUAGCUGUGACAUACGUUGAGCACAUGUGGAGUAACAGCAGGGAGUAAACAUGUGCUAGUUGGUAUACAAAGGCCUUUGUGUUUCUAUCACAGGAAACAUCUUUUAGAUGAAAGUUAACAGAAUAUUCUGGAUUGUUUUUUUUGAGUCCCUAUAGUAUCUUGUAGCUUACAGGAGCCUUACAUUUCUAGCACCUUUUCAGAAUGUCUAGGUUACACCUCACAGUUGUAAAAUUCGUGAAGUAAACAUAAGAUUUUUUAAAAAAAGACCCAAGUGGGUUGAGAGAAUUGCAGUUUGACUGCCUUCUGAUAAGUUGCUCCUCUGAUUGGUGCUUCCAUUACUAGUUUGGGGAUAAGUCUAUGCAUAGUGGUCACAGAGGAAGACAGGAUUUGAAACAUCACGUGUGUGUGUUUGGAUAUCCGGUAUUGAUGCUGCGUGAAAACCUUGCUUGAGGGUUCAUUUGUACAAAUGGGCACACUUGUCUCAUGUAUUUACUCCCUACUUACCCAUUGCUCCUGAAACAGUGAAAUGCAAAGAAUGGCCUGGGGAUGAAAGCAGGGUAUCUUGUUUUUACUCAAAGGGAAAAGUACCAACAAAGCUAGUCUGUGGUAACCAGGCAGUGUUUCCCAUUGAUGGUGAGCUCCACAGAUGUCAGCUUUAUACACUUUAUUUUCUUCAGUUCAGUGUGCUGAAAAUCACAUGCUAAACUUCCAUACAGUUGCACUACCUCCUUAUGUGGGUUUGGAAGAAUGUGCUGAAAAAAUGAUCAACAUAGUGGUGGAUUACAGUGGUGCCAAUACAGCUGAUGGUAAUACAACUAUUUUUGUAUAUUUUAAUGUUUGAAAGAGCCAGUUAGAAACUUGUUUGCAAGAAUUAAGUUUUUUAAACUACAUCUGAUGAAAUUUUGUUCUUUGUAACGCUGGAGAUUUUAUUCUGUUCAGCAUACUGUGUUUGUAAUUGAUGUCUUGCUGUCAGUGUAUGGAUUGUAUCUUAAUCCUUGUAUUUAAUGCUUUAAUGUGUUUUAUAAAAUCCUUUCUUGUAAUGUUACAACACCUUAUCUGUAAAACAGUGUCAAUGCUUGACGUUUACAUUGACUGUUACAUUUUUUGUUCUGAGAUGACUUUCUCCCACUUCGUGUGCUAUCUUUGCUGUGUGAUAUUUACUCGGGAAAUAACCUCUGGAACAUCUGGGUGUGUCAGACGCAAAGGAGAUACUUCUUCAGAUGUUAUACCGGACUGCACAAUCCAGCAAAUGAAACCAGUGACGCUCACUAAAUUCCCUCAUUCCAAAAAUCUGUCAGUUAAAUACAUAAGGGACCAUAAGGGCUUAGAGAGACUUUGAAAACAGAUCGUACAGUAUCUUUCUCAUGGCUCACUCUUUUUGAGAAGGUUUAUGGGCUUUAUGGCUGGUGUGAGACACACGACCCACUCCUGUUCUCUCUAUGGAAUAGUAGGUGCUUGGACAGGUAACUUCUGUUGCUACUGUCUUUUUUAAUUUUUAAUUUUUUCACUGUUUUAGGAAUUGUUUUAAACUGAACAUUGCAGUAUUUGUAACCAGUAUUUGUAACCAUUUGUAACCUUUUCCUUUGUUUUAUUUCUUUAAAUCUUUCUUAACCUUUGAGGGUGACUUUUGGAGCAUUCUGAUGGUGGAUCUGCUGUUGGAAGUCUCCAAGCCUCCCAUGUUUCUAAUUUGAGUUGAAAAGCUUUUGUUUUGUUUAUUUGUUUAAAACAAUGACACAAAUUAACUGUGUGGAUUUUGGGUGGGAUUUGUUUUUGUGCUAUUUUGGGUGACUUAUUCUCCCUUUUUUUACAGAAAUAUGUUCUAACAGUUCACACUUUGUUACUGUUCUUUGCAAAACUUUUCAGGAGCCAAAAAAGUCAAACAAUCCAGAGAAAACCCUUUCUCCCCUUUCCGAUGGCACGAGUGAGAACUUAUGAAAAAUCCUUGCGAAUGUUCCUUCCUAAACUUUUCCCCCCAGUAAUGCAAGCGGGUAAAAUGGUAAAUGCAGCAGUUUGGUGACAUCCAAAACCAACCUAUUGUCAGGUAAAUUGACACUUUUCUGCUCUUACUCUAACCUUCAUAAGUUUGCUAACUUGUCUGCCUUCCUUUCUUCCCAUCAGUUCAUUUUGGUGAUACUUGUUGAAUGAUUUCUUUAACCGGAUUUAGAAAAAACCCUGCUUUAUUUCCUUAUUUCUCCUCCUUAUACUUGUUGACUUUUAAGAAAACUGUCAUUGUGCUUUACUUUACUCAGGUGAGACAAAAGUGAGUCCACCAUGCAACUGUAUGAGGGAUAGUUUUGUAAUACAUUAAUUUCCCUUCCUGUUUAUCAGUUUUAGAUUGUCUUCAAGUGUACCGUUGUCGCUUAGAUUUUUGAAAGAUACAGUGCUUUCCAUUUGCUAAGUGAACAUAAAAUAUAACUGCAGAAAUAAGUAGUUCAUAGGAGUGAAAAACUAGUACUAAGAAUGUUAAUUCUAUUACAAUUCAAUAGAGCAGGAUCCUGUAAAAAGGACAGAUGGACCAGUAUGUGUGCUGCAGUAAAAGACUGUUGAGCUGAUCAUUUCUGUUUGUGGAGGAUGGGGUGACACAUUUUAUCUUGCCCUUACUGCUGUAUCAAAGUACUUGUACAUUUUAUCCUUCUCUGGUAACUCUCUCCCUUAAUCUCAAACAAUGUAAAAGUACUGGGUACUUAAUAUUUUUUAACUUAAUUUAAGGGGGAGAAUCUUGUGUUUUACUCAGAGGUAAAAUAUCAGACAAUUGGAAUACCCUUCCAAGUUGAGGAAUAUUAGCCUAAAAACAGGCUUCCAAGUUUUUCCUAAUGCAGUAUUAUAUUUCCCAUGACAUCUGUAAAGAAUUAGCUCUUGUUUCAGAUUAUUUUUCUGUGUACAUUCAUUACUCCUCUAUACCAUCAUACAAUAGUCAAUUUUUCAUAGUCUCAGUUUAUAUUUUCCUGAAAGAAAGCAAACUUACCAGCAAUAUAAUAAAUUGUAGCUUCAGAUUAAGGUAGGAGGGAAUCAUUUUAGAGCCAAAUUUUGCUCUCAAUUACACUGAAAUAAACCUGGAAUCACUCUGUGAAAGUCAGUAGAGUGAUAUCUGAUUUCAUUGGUAUAAUUGAGUGUAUAAUUUGUAUCUUUUAAUUUUACUUGCAAGGUAAUUUUACAAACCUGUUAUACUUAUGUUUCCAAUGCUUUUUCCUUUCAGACACACCCACUUCUUGCGUCUCAGCAUUGGGCAGGCCUAUUCCUUUAUUUGUGUAUAUUUUUGUGCAUCAGCUGCUAUAGGACGUGGGUGUAACACUUUCAGGCAUGUGGUUGGGUGUCUUUUUGGGGUUUGUAAUAAUGUCUAAAUUAAAAAUUUCUUUUCCUCAGAUUUAUUAAUUAAUUCAUGUUGGAUCACAGUUUUGCAUCUCUAACCUGACUUUAGAUAUCUACUAUGUGAACAUUUUCUUGAAAGAAAUACAGUACUAGUUCUUUGCAGAGUCUGCAAUUCAUCUUUAGUGGGGAGAGUUUACCAAAAUUUACUGCAUUUUGUAAUAUUUAAAGUUUUACUAUUUACUGUAGCUUGAAAGGUGGUUUUAACAGGUCAUGCUCCUUCCUCUUUAUGGAAUGACUUUCAAAGCCUUGUGUUGAUCUUGGUUGUGCCCAGUGUUUUGCCUGGUGUAUGGGGAAAUGUAGAACUUGAAUAGGCCAUGACUUCUUAGACAAGGGAUGAUGAUUAUGUGCAUGCUGAACUAGAACUUCUUCUAUAUGCCCUUCUGCUGCAACAGAAUAAUAAAACUGGUAGGUGACAGCAGCAGCAGCAGAAGACACUCAUGACUGUGACCUGAGAAACCUCCAGUACUGGGAGAAAUGGAUUGCAAAGUACUAGCUGGAGUAAGGGGAAUGGAGAAGAGAGACAGAGUCCCUGAACUGUCCCUUUGAAUGGUGAGUCUGAUUUACAGAAUUCUGACCAUCAAAAGACUGCUUGUAAUACAAGAGGCACAUUGAUCUGUCUCAGUUGGUGUUUGGUUACCUGAUGCCCUAAUUGUCAUCUUUGACUGAACAUUCCAGUUUCCCCUCUGCCUUUAUAAGACACAGUAUUUGUCUUAAAAAAACUAAAUUUCACCAAAAUCAUUACAUAUUUAGAGUACUGGAAAAUAAGGCUGAAAGGAAUGCAUCUAGCCCAGUUCUGUGCUCCACAGAAGACUGUUCAUAUUUGUGCCAUUGGUGAAAUGUUUAUUGUAACCUAGUUUAAAAACCAAGGAAUAAAUGAGGAAGAUUCUGCAAUCCUAUGGAAUUUUUUUUUAUGAAGGUAAAAAACAUCCUUACCAUCAUCCUUACCAUUUCGGCCUCAUAGGCUGAGAGCCCAACUGCUUUUUUUGCUACUUAGGAGCAACAUGUGCUUACAUAUGUAUAUAUAUGUACGCCUUAGAAAUGCCAUGAUAAUAAAGAACAGUGUUAUUUAUGGAGAUUUCCUAAAUCUCAAGGUAGCAAAAAAAGGUUUGAAUCAUCAACAGUUAAAAUUCUUUUUGGAAGUGGGAAAUGCAAAUUAUAUAAUGCUUCUGAGUUUGUGGUUAAGAGUUGGUAGUUUCAGCCACCUCUUCAGUUCUAAAUGGCUCUGAAACUUCUUUGAUUGCACAUUCCUAUCAGAAAAAAAACAUUUGGAGCAUGCACCCCAAUAAAUAGUUUUCCCAAGUUACGUACAUUUAUUACUACAUGCAUUGUAAAACUUACAUAAACCCAAGAAGUUAAAAAAGGAUGAGGUAAAGAUUAAAUGAAGACUAUUUUUGAAACAUUUACUUUACUAUUCAUUAAUGGUGAAAAAACCAUUGUCACCCUGCAGCCUUACAGAUUGUCUUGCAAAGCUUCCUGGGGAGUGUGGGCUCCUGUUUGGGGACCACUGAUGUAGACACUAUAAAUACUUUUUGUUGCAGAUGUUAUCAGGAUGUUCCACUGUAACAAAACCUCCAUGCUAAGUAAUUCUCCUGAUAGAGACUAAAAUGCUGACUCUGUAGUAGGAUGACUGCUCCUUCUGAAAAGAAAAUAAGAGGAGAGAGCAGCACUGGAAGAAGCACUGAUGAACUGCCUGACAUAGGAGAAGUUUGAAUCUGGAUCAGCUGAUAAUGUGGAGAAACAUGUCCAAGUGGAUUGCGAAAAAGGAAUUGUGUCAAAAUAUAUAUUAAUAUGCAGAAUACA